CGUCACCUAAAAUCCUCAGCCGAAACUAGUAAUAAAGAACAGAGAAACAAUAACAGUUGAUCGCAAGGUUACUUUAGAAGUAUUUUCCUAUUCCAAAAGAAAAUGAGGACAAAGACUUUCUCGUUAUUGUUUACUUACUUUUUGCAUUUAACGACAAAUAAUAUUGUUUGGACAAUACCAUUAAAUGAUUCUGAUAGCGCUAUGGUUGAGAUGCCUUUACUUACAAAUAACCUGAAAGCACCACUGGUGGCGGAUCUCGAUGUUUCUUCUUUGAACAAGCAACUUAAGCACUAUAUAGAUACAGCUAUUUCUACAACAUUAAAUGGUAAAGUCAAGGAGAUUGUUAAACAUAGCCAAGAUGAACUUAAAGCUACAAUGUUGACCUAUAAGGAAAGGUUACAGGAAUCAAAGACUGUGUAUGAGGAGGAUUUAUCUCAUUUGAUUGGCGGAUUUAAAUCUCGGUUUGAAAGUCUAUUCGGGGAUUUGACGGAAAAUAUUACAAAUUUGACAGAUAAUUUAGAAGAAUGGAAAAAAGGCUAUACUCAAACAAUUUCAGAAUUUGGAAGAUUCGACCUUGCAGUCAACAAGAAAUGUGGACAAAGUUCUACUCAUUUAGACGCAUGUAACUAUGCUAUUGAUGGGAACCUAGUCACCUUUUCUCACACAGGACAUACCGGUUUCAGUGAUGGAGUUAACUAUGGAACGAGCAAACCAUAUUGGUGGGUCGACUUGGGAAACACUUACAAAGUCCGUCGUGUUGACAUCUACAAUAGAUUGACAUCUGGACAUAGACUACACAACUUAGAUGUUACUGCUGGGAAGUCAUUGUCAGUUAUGAGCUUGUGUGAUCAUUACAAAGGAAGGGCUAAGAAUGGGGAACUGGUCAUCCUCGUCUGCAGGCAGCCAAUUGAGGCUCGCUAUGUCAAACUACAGAUCAUGGAGGAGAACACAGCAGAUAAUUAUCUGCAGCUAGCGGCGGUCGAAGUAUAUGAAUGACAACGUCUUAUAAAAUAAAAUAUAAUUGUAGAAUGAUACCUCAUAUAUAUAAAAGGUUUUGCAAAAAAAAAUAUAUUUGACAAUUUAUUAAAAUAUAUUGAUUGAU